AUGAUCUCCCAGAGCCGGCUGCAGACGGCCACCUACUUGCUAGCCGUUUGUCCCUUCUCCAUCGCCUUUUUAGUGUUUAUGAACUCGGCGGUAUCCUUUGUUGUCACGGACCUAAUCAAACUUGAGCAUGGCCAUGGCAAUGCUGUCGGAACCCUGGGUUUCGCAGACGAGCUGUUAGCUCUAGUUGCUUGUCCGCUCUGGGGCUUGAUAUCAGAUCGCAUUGGAGCAAGAUAUGUGUCCACAAUCGGCUAUUUUAUAGUGGCAGUAUCUCUAGUCAUAUUUGUGCAAGCCAAAAAUGUUUACCCCCAACUCUUGCUAGGAAGGCUUUUAUUCUGCCUUGGUGGCUCAGCGGUAGCAACUAUGGUGACUGCAUUACUUCCAGCUAUUACUGCUAAUCAUGAUAUCUCCAAGUGUCCCGCCCCUGGAGUUGCUGCUCCUCUAGUUUGCACUCCAGAUGCGGCCAACACUGGGAAUGAUGAAACUUCUCGUGUAACAGGCCAAGAACGCUCAGCAAGCUCUGCACCCCGGCUAGCUGGGUAUGUCGGUAUGUUCACCGGCUGUGGCGCUCUUAUAGCUCUCCUCCUGUUCCUUCCCCUCCCUGUGCGUUUCCAGAAAGCUGGUUACUCUCCUGCGCAAGCAAUUAAGUUUAGCUUUUAUACCGUGGGGCUAGUAGCUCUUAUUAUAUCUGUUGUGUGUUUUUUUGGGUUGUGUGGCCUCCAGGGUGAUGAAGGGAAAUAUCUAAAGUUACUCCUCGGCUCCACCAAGAGGGACCAAAUUCCAGGAGCAGAAGAGCAGCUUCCUGCGCGUUCGGGGAAUUCCGCCUAUACGUCUCCGCGUUCCUAUUUAGCCCAGCUAUUCGUCGCUUUGAAAGCUGGUCUGACAGACUACAACAUUGGGUUGGCUUACAUUGGUGGAUUUGUCGCGCGAUCAUCAUCCGUCGGCAUAUCCCUAUUUAUUCCCCUCUAUGUCAACCAAUAUUAUCGACGCUCCGGACUUUGUCAUGAAGCUGGUAAACCGUCUACAGUCCAACUUCUCAGCCCCAACCCUGGGGAUAUCAAACAGUCCUGUCCACGGGCAUACGUCAUUGCAUCAAUCUUGACCGGGGUUUCACAAUUAGUAGCUUUAUUAUGCGCGCCAUUAUUUGGCUACUUAUCUGACAAAUCCCGUCGAUACAAUUUCCCGUUGUUGAUGGGAGCCCUUUUAGGGACCUUGUCCUAUGCGAUGUUGGGAAUUUUACCAGGCCCGCGAAUCAGUGGCUCUUGGUCGAGUGCAGCAAUAUUUGUCGACAUGGCCUUCAUUGGUAUCAGCCAGAUUUCUGCAAUCGUGUGCAGCCUGGCUAUCUUGAGCAAUGGCAUAAAUGGCAUCCUCCCUGUAAUGGACGAUGUCGAGCAUGAAACUCAGGAUAAUGUCCCGGAAGAUAGGGUCCCUGCAGACACUACUAACAGGUCGCUUGAAACCAUAAACGAGUCAACCCCCCUGGUAUCAGACAAUAAUGUGUACACAGCUUCUCCACAGAAGACUUUAAUCCAUGUCAAGGGCUCCAUCGCUGGCAUGUACUCUCUUUGGGGAGGUGCUGGUAUUCUCAUCCUAACUAAGGUUGGUGGCAUCAUGUUUGAUAAAUUGUCACCACACUCCCCGUUUUACAUCCUUUCCGGUUUCAAUGGAUUGCUUCUUAUUAUGGGGUUGAUACUCGGGCUCAGGCAGCAUUGGAGCAAAGGACGAUGUCAUUGA